GCGGCGGGGUUUUUCCUUGGGCCUGAGGGGAGCCUGCCUCCCUGCUGCCUCUCGCGCCCGAAGAUGCCGGGCGGCGGCGGCGGGCGGGUGUGCGCCGCGUGCGGCAGCUCGGAGAUCGAGGUGGACUCGGCCCGCGGAGACGCGGUUUGCACGGGCUGCGGCUCCGUCCUCGAGGACAACAUCAUCGUCUCCGAGGUGCAGUUCGUGGAGAACAGCGGAGGAGGGUCGUCGGCCGUCGGGCAGUUCGUCUCCCUCGACGCGGCAGGAAAAACACAAACAGUUGGAGGAUUUCACGUCAACUUGGGAAAGGAAUCGCGGGCGCAGACUCUCCAAAAUGGAAAACGGCAGAUCCAUCAUUUGGGGAACCAGCUGCAACUGAAUCAGCAUUGCCUUGAUACAGCCUUCAAUUUUUUCAAGAUGGCCGUGAGCAAGCACUUAACCCGAGGGAGGAAGAUGACCCAUGUGAUCGCUGCUUGCCUCUACCUGGUGUGCAGAACAGAAGGCACUCCACACAUGCUGCUUGACCUCAGCGAUCUCCUUCAGGUGAAUGUCUACGUGCUGGGAAAAACUUUUCUUCUGUUGGCCAGAGAGCUCUGCAUAAAUGCUCCAGCUAUAGAUCCAUGUUUAUAUAUUCCUCGUUUUGCACACAUGCUGGAGUUUGGCGAUAAGAACCAUGAGGUUUCCAUGACUGCCCUAAGGCUCCUGCAGCAGAUGAAGAGAGACUGGAUGCACACAGGGCGACGGCCUUCGGGGCUUUGUGGUGCAGCUCUUCUAGUUGCGGCAAGAAUGCAUGAUUUUCGGCGCACUGUGAAAGAAGUCAUCAGAGUGGUUAAAGUUGGCGAAUCAACACUAAGAAAAAGACUUACAGAGUUUGAAGACACACCUGCAAGUCAGCUAACAAUAGAUGAGUUCAUGACAAUUGAUUUGGAAGAGGAAUGUGACCCUCCUUCAUUUACAGCUGGUCAACGAAAGAUGAAGAUUCAGCAGCUUGAGAAGGAGCUGUCUAAAAAGCUUGAAGAGUUAGAAGGUGAAAUAUCAAGCUACCAAGAUGAAAUAGAGAUUGAAUUAGAAAAUAGCAGACCAAAAGCAAAAGGAGUUUAUGCAAAUUUCAGUAAAGACGACUGCAUGGAAGACAAUGCCUCAAGUAUAUUUGGAGAAGAGGAGGGAGAAGACGAAGAGCUGGAAGCAGCUGCGAAUCAUUUAAACAAGGACUUUUACAGUGAACUUCUGGAUAAAGACAGGUCAAAGGAAAAAGAGUCUCCUCUGAGGCCGCCUGCCCUGGAAUCCCUGCUUGGCCCUCUCCCUACAGCCGCCAGUCUUGGAAUAACAGAAUCUAUAAAAGAAUGCAUAUUGACUAAGGAUCGAGACCACAAUGAAAAUACUGGAGAUGGUGAAUUAGAUCUAAGUGGAAUUGACGACAGUGAAAUAGAUAUGUAUAUACUUAAUGAUUCCGAAGCCAAAAUAAAAGCAGAACUCUGGAUGAGGGAGAAUGCAGAUUAUCUGAAGGAACAAAAGGAAAAAGAAGCAAGGAUAGCGAAAGAGAAGGAGCUUGGGAUUUAUAAAGAACAUAAGCCCAAGAAGUCUGCAAAGAAGCGGGAGCUGAUCCAGGCCAGCACAGCGGGAGAGGCAAUUGAAAAGAUGUUGGAACAGAAGAAGAUUUCAAGUAAAAUUAAUUAUAACGUGUUAAGGGACCUCAACAGCAAAGGAGGUAGCUCACCAAAGAAAGACGAUGACAGCACUGAUGACAGCAGCAGCACCAAGAAACUGUCAAGAAGAAAAUCUCUGGCGGCUCGGAAUGUGGCCAACUCCGUAAACAGUGUGGGGAAAAGGUUAAGACCCUUGAUUUCGACGCAGCUAGCAAAAAAGCCUGCAACAGAAGAGGCAAUCUUCCCAAGCACUCAGACAGAGGCCCAAGCAGCUGAAAAGCCAGCAAACGUAUUGGUAGAAUCCGGGCCCGUCUCGUACAACCAUGAGGAAGAAGUGGAAGAAGAAGAAGUCGAGGAGGAAGAGGAGCACUGCAUGAGUGCCCUACAGCUGAUGGGGGGAAAUGAUUAUGGCUGUGAGAUGGACGACGAUGAAGGAUACUAAUUGCCUCCUAAUGGGAUCGGUGAAGGAAGUUAACCUGGCGAUGUCAACAAACCCUCCUGACUUCCAUUGCUUGCUGGUCAGUUUCCAUUGACCUGUAGCCUGGCACCGGGGUUUGGCUUUCGAAUACUUGAAACGUUUCUGGAUCAUGUUAUGAGAAAGGGAUUCAGCGAAGCAUCAGUUUCAGGGAACAAAGGAGAAGAGGCAAAAUGGCUGGCACAACUCGGCAGCGCAGUGUUGGACCUGCCUUGCGGCUGCCCUUGGUUCAGCCAUAUCUCCGUAAAAACCAUAUAUGACAAGGAGCAAAUCAUAAACGUGCAAAACCUCCAAGUGGAAAAGCUGUGGACAUGCACUGUUUACAUUGGGGUGAUAAAAGCACAUCUCCCCGCCCCUGACCUUGGCGUAGCGUCCGUGUUUCCAUGCUGAAAUAAAUAACAUCAGAGCUGAUAUGCAAGCUGCCCAGGCAACUCCUCUUGGAAAGCAAUCCCAAACACCUGCCCCCCACCCAAAUACAUGCAGUGUUACCCUAAGGUUAGAGCACCAUUGGGCAGGUAUCUCAUAGAGGACAGCAGUGGUACCUUAAGAAGUUUGAAGAAGCAACAGGAGGGUUUGUCAAAGUUGGCUGCUGUACCACGGGGUAGACCUCAGAGGUGCGGGAAACAGUUUGGACAUCUCAGUAAGGGGAGUCUGUUCCUGCUCCAAGGAAAUUAAGCCAGGCCUUCACUCACCGCUGCUGUAAGAUAGGGAUAGGGCAAGCGAGGGAUUGGCAGAGGAGAAGAGUUCAAGGGGUAGACCGGACACCCCUGCUGCUGGCUGUAGGACAUCUCACAAGCUCCUAUGCCUCUGUGAUGCACUUAAAAUUUAAGAGUAUGGUGCUACUCACCACAAUUGGGGGUGGGGGGUUGUGUUCACUUUUUGUCCUCCUGCCAGUCUUUGUUGGCUUGGCACAACAGACAGAUUUGUCUCCAGUAAGUUUUACUUUGCUUUGUUUUAAGGUAAAUAAGCUACUCCCCCCUCCCCCCCAUCCCUAAUGCAAUUUAAUUUAAUGUUAUUUAAUGAGGUUGAUACAGGCUCAGCCAUGCGAGAACCUUGGCCAAGCUCUGCUCUCUCGGCUCUGUCCAGUAACCUGUCAGAACUUUAAACCUUGUGAACCUAAGGUUAAACCAGACCAAUAGUUUCCCACCUCCUCAUUUCAGGCCUUGCAGGAUUGUGGCCUGAAUUUUACCUGCCGUUGCGUUUGACUCCUUUGACUUUCUAGCAGCACGGCAUAUAUUUGCUCGCUGGUAGCCAAAGGACGCAUACCACAGGGGCGGUUCUCAUCCCAGUUGCCUGGCAGGCAAGGAGGAUGUGCCAAGUUGACUUUGUGGGAAAUGGAUUCCCCGGGCCAUCGAGGCAAAAAUACACCCAGUUCUGCAUGUUGGCCUUGUCCAUGCCAAAAGGUCAAGCUGCCUCUUUUCUAUGUCCUUGCUUGCUUUUAGCAGAGCUCCAGGUUGGAAUAUCCUAGUUAGAGGAUGAGACCGAAAGCAAUCCUUUCCCGAAUUCAGAAGAGCCUCUUCUCGCUCAGCUGGUAUUUUUGAGAUGUACCACUUCGGACUGCAAGUGGUGACUUACACAGUGACCUACUUGGCCAUGCAAAAGAUAAAAAUCCCUCCAUGCAGACAACUUAGUAUGUUGGAGAAAGUCUUCUAUGUGGGCAGAUAUAUUUUUGCAUGGAGAAGUAUUUAGUCCAGGGUUGGGGAACCUGGUGACUUCCAGAUGUUGCUGGACUACAGCUCCCAUCAUCCGUGUCCAUUGGCCAUGCUGGCUGGGACUGAUGGGAGUUGGAGUCCAAUAACUUCUGGAAGGGCCACAGGUCUGGCACCCCUGGUUUAGUCAACGAGGCCCACCAUCCCCCACUCUCAGCCUGCGAUGUUCCAGCCCAGAUGGAUUGCCAGCUCUUUGAGAACUAGACUCAAGUCACUAUGGUAGGACAUGGCAGAAGGAGGUGACUCAGCUCUCCUGGGACAUCCUGCAUUUAAUUCUCUGACUGGGAUUUAUCUGGGCGUUUAUUUGAAUUACUAGGUCUGGAUCUGGAAAAUGGAGAUUCUUGCUUCGAUAGUACGUGGCCACUUCUGUUUUGGCAGAGAUUGCUGUGGCAAGCUCCCUCCUAAAAAAACAAAGAAACAAAAAACCCCAAAUAAUUCUUUUUAGGGACCAAGUACCAGGUGGUGAGCUUGCCAGUAUCUCACUAUCUGCUUCUGUGUGGUUGGCUGGGUCCAUGCAGUUGCCCUGGCAUUUGCAGUCUGCUUUUCACGUGGAUAAUCCAGGCAGCUUGGCAUGUCUCCUUGCCAGACUUGCCUCCUUGGGGCCAGGUUUGCAUAGCUAGGCUCUGAUUUUAGACUACAGCUCCCGUCAGUCCCAGCCAACAAGGUUGAGGAAGGGAGAGCUAUGGAAUCUGGCCAAUCCGUAUGAAAUACCAACUACAGAAAUAGGAGAAGCAGUUUUGGGGGAGAUUUUUAAUCUUUAUUCUCGGGCUUCUAUUGAUCCUUUAGCAGUUUGAUUUUGAAUCCAGUAGUAUGUCAUUGCUGAGGCAAGAGAAGUUUGCCCACUACUCAGCUGCUAAAUGCUUAAGAGGUCCCGUAGGAUCAGCAAUUUCCCCCUCCUCCCUCCCCAGUGUGUUACUUUGGCUCACUGAGGGUUUUUUUGCUUGGUUGGCUUUUUAAAGGGUUGGGAUUCUGAGGGCCAAAUUCAGUGCCAUGAUGGAGGUAUGUGAUCUUUAAAUUCUUGCAGAGAGCACCCACACAGGAGGCACACUUUGGAUUGGGCCACAGCACUGGGGGAACUGAAUUGAACCUCCCUUCCCAGGUGCUUCCUAAUGAAACUCGCCCACCCAAGCUGCUGUUUGUCCUCUUAGGGAAAGCUCACGUAUACUUGUAAAAGUUGUAGCUAAAGUGGAGGCAGAGAAUAGAAACCCUCUCCUGGCACCCCUGCCUCAUUUUGCUAUUCUCAUUUCUCCCUCGCCCCUCCCCAAAUGGAAUUGAAUUAAGGCCAAUAGGUGGUUCCCUCCCCGUGCAAAUAGCAGCUUCAGAGAACCAGUUUCCAUUGAGACCACGGCAGGGGAGGAAAGGGUUAAAAUACCAUACACUGCCUGCAGGAAUCCCAGUAAUUGUAUCCACUCCCCAGCGACUGCUAUUUUCAUUUUGGUGAAAGGAUGCACAUCAGGUGCAAAGGCACAUCUAACAACCCAUCCAGUUUGGCCCUGAGUUCCAGUUCCCAUAAAUGGGAAAGUUCGCAGGCCUGCUGAGGAGCAUUUAACAAGCCAGCAGCUCUGCUGCGAUCCUUUGCCUUCAGCUGCAGGAGGACUGAGGUGUGUGUUUUGUCUUGUGGCUGCAGAAAGGUGUCGUUUUAAUAAACCUUGGAAUGCAUAAGGAUUUUCAAUCCUGCCUCGCACAUUUCUAAGUCAUGUAAUAUUACACGCAGAUUUCUUUUAUUUUUCUUUCCUUUUCGGAGUGCUCAUUCCUCCUCGGUGUAACUAAGCUCAGGGAAUACAAACGGAUUAGCAGAUGCCACCUUCUGUUUUCAUAACUACUUAGGGAAAAUGUUAAAAUAAAGGCGAGUACACAGUUCACCCUUGUCUGCUACUGUUAACAUAUCGCAGUGACCUUGGGGGAGGCACUUGGCUGCGUUUCCCUGAAAAUAAUUUGGAGCUUGCUGUAUUCUGCAUUCAGAUGAUGACGAGAGCUCACAGGGUUUCAAGAAUGGUUGGUUUUAGAUUGCGAGGUGUGAAUCCUGGCUCCCUCCCGCUCCUAGUGUAGCGCACAUUUCCUAGGCAGAACCCUCAAACUGUGGCGUUGUGCUUUUUCUACCUUGAAGACUUUCUAACCUUUGUCACUUGGCCUCAGUUCACAGACUUGCCAACACUUAGGUGGGUGGAACAGGAACCCUACACGUUUCUGAUUGUGCAGAUCCAGUUUUUGCAGCCUCCUCCUCCUCUCUUUUGAGGACCUAGAAACCUCCACAUGAUCGGAUGUUUGCGCAGUCCUGCAUAGAUGCUGUCUGCACAGUGGAGGAAAGGGGCUAAGCUUGCUCCUCUGCCAGGCAAAUGUAUAAAUUGCAUUUUAGAGAACAAUUUAGGGCAGGCAAGCUUGGAUGGUGACGCGUGUGCACCGAUUUGCAUCUCAAUUGUAUGUGCUGUUUCAUGAGAGCGACUCCCUUCACCACAGAAAGACUUUGGCGGGAGCUGUGUAGCAUCGUCUUAAAAAGUGACCUCCGUAUUAGUUCUCGCUGUUCUGUUUGCCUUCCCUCUGGAUUGCGUGGGAGUUUAUCGCCGCUUGCUGUUUUUAUGUAUCACUCCUUGCAUAGUCUCCUCGCCGCUUGUCGCUCUCGUCUUAACAAGGCCAACACAUUUGGUGCGCGGCAGUGCCAGCGAAUCGAAACAAUCUGCAAGCAUCUUGAAGGGUCCUUCCAGCCCACAUCAUGAGCCACGGCCUGCCGUCUCUCCUCCUCACCCCCCAGACAAAUUGUAAUAUCUGCUGUAAAUAUUAUUUUUUUAAGUCAUCUUUUAUUAUGUGUUCUUGCCUUCCCUUGCAGGCUUUUUUGUUUUGUUUCUUAAGACUGCUUCUGUGUGACUUGGACAGCAGUGUACAAAAUACCCAGUGUAUAUCCUUAUUUUGUGUCUACAAAGCAAAAGUGUUUUAAAACAUUUAA